ACCCACUCUCUCACACCACUCCACUGACACACACUACUACACACCAAUCAUUCAUCACCACCAUCAUCAGAAGAACCAGAACAACCACUAACCAUCGAUGGAGGCGAAGGAGCAGGAUGUGUCCUUGGGUGCGAACAAGUACCCGGAGAGGCAACCCAUCGGCAUAGCAGCUCAGAGCCAAGAUGAUGGCAAGGACUACCAGGAGCCACCACCUGCGCCGCUGUUUGAGCCGUCGGAGCUCACCUCAUGGUCCUUCUACAGAGCCGGUAUUGCCGAGUUUGUUGCCACCUUUCUGUUCCUCUACAUCACCGUCUUGACCGUCAUGGGUGUCAGCGGUGCCGAUAGCAAGUGCAAAACUGUUGGUAUUCAAGGGAUUGCUUGGGCUUUCGGUGGCAUGAUCUUCGCUCUCGUUUACUGCACCGCCGGAAUCUCAGGAGGUCACAUAAACCCGGCUGUGACUUUUGGGCUGUUUUUGGCGAGGAAGUUGUCCUUGACAAGGGCUAUUUUCUACAUCGUGAUGCAGUGCCUGGGUGCUAUUGUUGGCGCCGGCGUGGUGAAAGGUUUUGAGGGAAAGACCAAGUACGGAACUCUAGGAGGUGGUGCUAACUUUGUUGCCCCUGGUUACACCAAGGGUGAUGGUCUCGGUGCUGAGAUUGUUGGCACCUUUGUUCUUGUUUACACCGUCUUCUCCGCCACCGAUGCUAAGCGUAGCGCCAGAGACUCUCACGUCCCCAUUUUGGCACCUCUGCCUAUUGGGUUCGCUGUGUUCUUGGUGCAUUUGGCUACCAUCCCCAUUACAGGAACUGGUAUCAACCCUGCUAGGAGUCUCGGUGCUGCCAUUAUCUUCAACAAGGACCGUGGCUGGGAUGAUCACUGGAUCUUCUGGGUGGGACCAUUCAUCGGAGCUGCUCUUGCAGCUAUCUACCACGUGGUUGUUAUCCGAGCCAUUCCCUUCAAGUCCAAGUGAUUGAAUCAAACGGUUCAUGAUCAGUAAAUGUUUGGGAGAAUCAUAAUCAAAGCCAUGUUUGUGGGUUUCAUUUCAUCAUCAACAUCAUGAUGUUCUGUUUAUCUUUUUUUUUUUGGGUUCUUCUUUUAAUUUCCAAAGUCUUUGUAAUUUGUAUGUAAAGAUGAUUAUCUAUGCAAUGUAAUAUUAUGAUGAUUAUUAUCUAUUUUUAGGUGGGUCAUGUUUUCGGGUCAUGGGUCAGUAAUCCUUUGCUUUUUAAGUUGGAAGAGGACCCAGCCCAUGUGUGAUUUACGGCUGUGAUUGUGUAUUUUGCCAAAUCAAAAAUAACAGCGAGUCAUUUCUGGAUC